UAACAAUUGACUUUUUUGGGAUUGUAAUUUCAGAUGUGAUAUCUGCUGCAAAAUCCUGUUGAGGUACCAGCGUUCACUGAAGGAUUUUUGUCUGACAGGAGGACACAGGUCCUGCUAGCAUAAAACUUGGAUUAUAUUCCUGCCUUCCAAGGUGGUGACCUAUUGCAACUGUUUUGGAAGAGUGCACAAAUGCCAUCUAAGAUAAUGAAGGCAAGACCUGCAUUCUGAUAGACAGCAUGGCAGCAGUCCGAAAUUCUGACUUGAAGGAUCCAUACCUUGGGUCAGGGCCGGAUGAGGAUGCCUCAGAAAUCGCAUUGUUAGAGGAAGAGUCGGACUCGGGAAGUGUGUUAUCUGAUGAUUCUGUUCUCCCGGAUUAUGAGAGAGAGGGUGUUAAAAAGGGAACUGCCAACACAUUGUAUGAGGCUUGUGUCCAAAAUGAUGCACAGGCCCUAAAGAGGGUGUUGGAGCGUGGUGUGACCCACAACGAAGUCAUGGAAGUUGACAUUAAUGGAUGGAAUGGGAUGAUGUUUGCUUCAUACAAAGGCUAUCUUUCAAUUGUUUAUGGGCUUCACAGUUGUCCACAUCUGGAUAUUAAUCACCAAGACAAUGAUGGCAACACUGCUCUGAUGAUCGCAGCUCAAGCUGGCCACGUCUCCAUAUGUAAUUACAUCAUGAAUUACUUCCCUGGAGCAGACACAGAGAUCAGAGACAACAGAGGAUUUACUGCUCUCAUUAAAGCGGCCAUACAGGGCAGGAAUGAUGUGGUGGCAGCUCUUAUAAUGCACGGUGCUGAUGUUAAUGCUGUAGACUCAAACCGUGGUAAAUGUGCACGAGACUGGGCACUAAAAACAGGUCGUUUUGACACACUGCAGCAUCUGCGUCGCCUUGUGCUACGCCCAACCGCGGAACAAUUCUGUAUGUCCUACAUCCCAGAGUGGCCCAACCUUAAGGUGCUGGUCGCCAAAGCAACAACCAAUAAAACUGCAAGCCAGAAACUGACUCAUCGUCUGAAGAGAACAUUAGGUUUUAGCUUCCCACGGGACCCGCAGGACGAAGGUGUCAUGGACCACAUGGUGCGAAUGACCACCAGUAUACACAGCCCACUUAUAGCCACUGCCACACGGCCGCUGUGCCCAAGCAGCCCUCCGGAGGCAGGCAAACCACGGUUGGCCGUGGCUGAGCUGGUGCUCAAGUAUUCAGAUAAACAGCUGGAGGAGGGUUCGCUUUGCCAUCGAAACAACUCCAUCACCUCGAUUUCACCAUCUAUCCACUCAUCCACAUCAGCCUCUGUGCCCUGCUGCGUUGAUACCCAGAGGCGAGGCAGCGUGCUGUCCAUUGCUCAGUCCGGUAUGCGCACCUUCAUUCCUCGUGUAGCAGCAAGACGCAACAGCGUGUUUCCCUCGGGCUGCGUUCCACAGAUCAGAGUGACAAAGUCUUCCGAGCCCACCCCUAAGAAAGAAAAGAAAAACAAAAAACAGAAGGGUUACCUGGAGCCUCCGAAGUGGAAGUACAAAGAAGCCAAGAAUGAGAAGAAGAAAGAGAAGAAAGCAAUGAAAGAGAAGGAAGAGAAAGAAAAGAAACGCAAAGACAAGGAAAAAAGGAAAAAAUGUGAGGACUGAGGUCACUCUGAUACGUUCUCAAUGUGAUGUCAUGUGGGAAAAUCCUUGCUUAUGGAAACGAGCAAUGAAGCAAUGCCGUGAAUAACAAACACUCUUAAAAGCGGAAGUACAUUUUGAAAGUUCAGUUGUCCAUUCCUGUUUCAAGUAACUGCUUCCUAUCUUAUUGCAAAUCAUAGCAUUGCAAUUCUAUUUGGAACCCUUAGUGCUGCAAAAUUACA